CAUUUGCAUAAACAUUAAUUGCUCUUGUUAUCGACGGUUUACCUCUUUUAGCAAUGAGCCUUUCGAAGCUUUUUGCCUUGACAAUUUUGGCAAUUACUCUGAUUACAGUUGAGAGCGCGGAUUCUUACACGACCGCUUAUGAUAAAAUCGACUUUAAUGCGAUUUUGCGUAAUGAGAUAAUUUAUAAACGGUACCUGAAUUGUCUGCUCCAUAAAGGGCCAUGCACUGCUGAUGGGGAAGCUCUCAGAGACAUUCUACCUGACGCUUUGAUGACUGCAUGUACGAAAUGCAACCCAAAACAAAAGGAAGUAACUCGAAAGGUGGUGACAUACAUUCGGAAAUAUAAACCAGUAGAUUGGACUGCUCUUACGAACAAAUAUGACCCAGAGGGUCGUUACAAGGAUGUCAUUGAAAGUUUUGUAGAAAAUAACUAAUACUCGAGGGGAUAUGUCGAAUUAAUUAUAAUACAAUGCAAUGAAAAACAA